AUGACACUGCCUCUGCCUCUUCAGAAAGACAAGUCCUCCAGAGAGCACCAGCUACAGCAGCUGUCAACCCUUGCAUUAAACGUCUUCAUCAUGGCGUAUAAAGCAGCACAUUUGGCCUUUAAGUCACGCUGGGACAAGACAGAUGAAGAACUCUGUCGGCACAGUAUGUCCUUCAUUUUGCAUAAGGCAAUCCGAAAUGAUUUCUUUCAGAGUUACCUUUAUCUGCUGGAAAAGCUUCCCUUGGUGAAACUUUACGCUUUGACAAGUCAAGUUAUCAAUGGGGAGAUGCAGUUCUACGCCAGGGCCAAACACUUCUACCGGGAGGUGCCAGCCACAGAAGAGGGCAUGAUGGGAGACUACAUUGAGCUCUCCAAUACAGACAUUGAGUCCUCCAGGGAGUUUCUCAGGAAGUUUGUUGGGGGGGUGGGGAAAGCUGGCACCAACCGCGCCCUGGACUGUGGCUCUGGGAUAGGUCGUAUCAGCAAGCACGUCCUGUUACCAGUUUUCAAGAGUGUGGAACUGGUGGAUAUGAUGGAGAAUUUCCUGGCUGAGGUCCCGAACUACCUGCAGGGCAAGGAGGACAGAGUAGAGAUGUAUUAUUGCAAAAGCCUCCAGGAAUUCACUCCAGCCCAACAGAGAUAUGAUGUCAUCUGGAUUCAGUGGGUUUCAGGAUAUCUGACAGACAAAGAUCUCCUGGAGUUUCUCAUCCGGUGCCAGAAUGGCUUGAAGGAUAAUGGUGUUAUUAUUCUUAAGGACAAUGUAGCCAGGGAGGGUUGUAUCCUGGAUUGUCUGGAUAGUAGUGUGAUCCGGGACCUGAACAUCCUCCACAGCCUCAUUGAAAUGAGUGGACUCACCAUCCUACGAGAGGAGAGGCAGGAGGGAUUCCCUGAACAGUGUGUCCCUGUCUGGAUGUUGGCCAUGCAGAAAUGCCCUGGCCAUUCCUGA